UGCUGGGAGUCUCGCGGUACGCAGGCGCAGCUUCCCCGGGGACCCGAGGCUUGCUGCUUUUGCGUUCUCCAACACCGGGAGUCAGUGACAUUCGAGGAUGUAGCUGUGGACUUCAUCCAGAAGAAGUGGAGGCUCUUGGACCAUUCUCAGAAAGAGCUGUACAAGGAGAUCAUGCUGGACACCUCCCAGAACCUGCUUUCUGUGGGCAAGAACCUUUUCCCAAUAAAGCGUUUGUCAGCAGGAAGGGAACGAGCUUACCUCGAGCUAGAAAGGGCUUCCAGUUAGAGAAGAUCUGAUCUCCCUGCUUUGGCAUGGGGAAGUGGUGGGGGUGCCAGAGUAGAGAGGCAGGAGGAGCUCCUGUCCAGACCAGAUUGUCCUGCCUUCCCUCAGAGCCGAGAUCUCUCUGCCUCCUUCCUUCAGAUUUGAGAUCUGCCUCCGUCUCUCUGAGCUGAGAUCUCUCUGUCUCUGUCUCUCUGAGCCGAGAUCUCUCUGCCUCCUUCUCUGAGCCGAGAUCUCUCUGCCUUCUGAACAGCUGCUCUGCACGGACAGUCCCAGGUCAACAUCGCAGGAAGGGAAAGUGAAGACAGAAUCUCCUCCCUCUCCAGUUCGGUCUGCGGAGGACCAAAGGCUCUAGAACCAGAGACAUGGCCCCCGGCAGCCAGAGAACCUCGUCCCAGGAGUCAUUGUCAUUCAAGGAUGUAGCUGUGGACUUUACCCAAGAGGAGUGGUGCCUCUUGGACCAUUCUCAGAAGGAGCUGUACAAGGAGGUCAUGCUGGAAAUCUCCCAGAACCUGCUCUUCCUGGGAUUUCCAGUUACCAGAGAAGAUUUCAUCUCCUACUUUCAGGAAGGGGACGUACCAUGGAUUCAGGAGCCAAAAAAUUUAAGGAACUUUUGUCCAGAUGCAGUGACCAGAUUUAAAGUGAAUGAGACUCCUACAAACCUGAGUAUUUCAGUGGAAGAAUCUAGCCAGUUAAGAUUGAUGAGUGACAGUCCCUAUGACUUUAAUGUGAGAGAAAUCUGUGACUCUGAUAUCAAGCUAAAUAAAAAUCUCACAGAAUAUUCAAUCUUAAGUCAGUGGAAGAUAAUGACCCCAAGGAAUGCUUUUCAGUAUAGCAAAUAUGAGGAAUGCUUUACUGAACAGGUAGAGCUUAUUCAGUCCCAUGAUAAACCUCCUGAACUACAAAUAUAUCAAGUUAAUCAACAGAAAAUGCCCUUCAUUUCAGAUCUCACUGGACAUCUGGAAAAUUAUAAUGAAAAAAAGCUUUAUAUAUGCAACGAAGAAAAAAAGGCCUUCUACCAUGACUCGAAGAUCAUUAGCCAUCAGAAAAUUUGCACUGAAAAGAAUCCUUAUGAAUGUAAUGAAGUUGUAGCAGCCCUAACCCAGCAUUCAUCUCUUUCUUACCAUCCUGGAUUUCAUACUGGAAUGAAAACACAUGUAUGUAAUCAGUGUGGGAAAGCCUUUCAUUUAAAAUCAAAUCUAGUUACACAUCAGAAGAUUCAUACUGGAGAGAAGCUUUAUAAGUGUGAUGAAUGUGGGAAGGCUUUCAGCUACAGAUCACGCCUUAUUAGGCAUCAGAUUAUUCACACAGGACAGAAACCUUAUGAAUGUAAUCAGUGUGGAAAAACUUUCAGACAGAGCUCCAUUCUUGCUGCACAUCAGAGAAUCCACACUGGAGAGAAGCCCUAUGAAUGUAAUCAGUGUGGAAAGUCUUUCCAACAUAAGUACAGGCUGGCCGCACAUCAGAGAAUCCACACUGGAGAACAACUUUACAGAUGUAAUCACUGUGUGAAAACCUUUGCCUACAGAUCAAGUUUCUUGGAACAUCAGAAAAUUCACAGUGGAGAGAAACCUUAUGAAUGUAAUCAGUGUGGGAAAGCUUUCCUCCGUAACUAUGACCUUGCUACACAUCAGAGAAUUCAUAAUGGAGAGAAACCUUAUGAAUGUAAUCAGUGUGGAAAGGCUUUCCAGAGGAAGUACAGGCUUUCUGCACAUCAGAGAAUUCACACUGGAGAGGAGCCUUAUGAAUGUAAUCAAUGUGGGAAAACUUUUCAACAGAACUCUGAGCUGGCUGCACAUAAAAGAAUUCAUACUGGAGAGAAACCUUACGAAUGCAGUCAAUGUGGAAAGUCCUUUCAGCAGAAAAGCAGACUUACUGCACAUAAGAGAAUUCACACCGCAGAGAAACUUUAUGAAUGUAAUCAGUGUAGGAUACGUUUCCGACGUAAAAGUGACCUUGCAGUACAUCAAAGAAUUCAUACUGGAGAGAAACCUUACAAAUGUAAACAGUGCGUGAAAGCCUUCGCCUACAAAGCAAGCUUUUUGGCACACCAGAGAAUUCAUACAGGAGAGAAGCCUUAUGAGUGUAAUCAGUGUGGAAAGUCUUUCCAGAAGAAGUGCAGGUUCACUGCACAUCAGGGAAUUCACACUGGAGAGCAACCUUACAAAUGUAAUCAGUGUGAAAAGUCCUUCCUGGAUAAAUACAAGCUGACUGCACAUCAGAGAAUCCACACUGGUGAGCACCCUUACAAAUGUAAUCAGUGUGAAAAGUCUUUCCAGGAUAAGUACAAGCUUACUGCACAUCAGAGAAUCCACAGUGGAGAGCAACCUUAUAAAUGUAAUCAAUGUGGGAAACCCUUCGUAUACAAGUCCACCUUAUUAGCACAUCAGAGGAUUCACACUGGAGAGAAGCCUUAUAAAUGUAACCAAUGUGGAAAGUCUUUCCAGAAGAAGUGCAGGCUUGCCGCACAUCAGAGAAUUCACACUGGAGAGAAACCUUAUGAAUGCAGUCAGUGUGGAAAGGCUUUUAGAGAGAGUUCCAGUCUCGCUACCCAUCAGAAAAAUCACUCUGGAGAGAAGCCAUAUGAAUGUACUCAAUGUGGAAAGUCCUUCCAAAAGAAGUACAGGCUUACUGUACAUCAGAGAAUCCACACUGGAGAGCAACCUUACAAAUGUAAGGAGUGUGGGAAAGCCUUCACCUACAAGUCAAGUUGUUUCGAACAUCAGAGAAUUCACAGUGGUGAGAAGCCUUACGAAUGUAAUCAGUGUGGGAAAGCUUUCCUACGUAACCAUGACCUGGCUGCACAUCAGAGAACUCACACUGGAGAGAAACCUUAUGCAUGUAAUCAAUGUGGAAAGUCUUUCCAGAAGAAGUACAGGCUUACUGCACAUCAGAGAAUUCACACUGGAGAGAAACCUUACGAAUGUAAUCAAUGUGGAAUGGCUUUCAGAAUCAGCUCUACUCUUGCUACCCAUCAGAGAAACCACACUGGAGAGAAGCCUUAUGAAUGUAAUCAGUGUGAAAAAUCUUUCUACCAGAAGUGCAGUCUUGUUGCACAUCAGAAAAUUCACACUGGAGAGAAACCACAUGAAUGUAAUCAAUGUGGAAAGUCUUUCCAGAAGAAGUACUGCCUCAUUACACAUCAGAGGAUCCACACUGGAGAGAAACCUUAUCAAUGUAAUCAGUGUGGAAAGGCUUUCAGACUCAGCUCCACUCUUGCUAUACAUCAGAGAAAUCACAAUGGCGAGAAGCCUUAUCAGUGUAAUCAGUGUGAGAAAGCUUUCCUACGUAACCAUGAUCUUGCUGUACAUCAGAGAACACACACCGGAGAGAGACCUUAUGAAUGUACUCAAUGUGGAAAGUCUUUCCAGAAGAAGUACAGACUUACUGCACAUCAGAGAAUUCACACCGGAGAGAAACCUUAUCAGUGUAAUCAGUGUGGAAAGGCUUUCAGAAUUGGCUCUAGUCUGGCGACACAUCAAAGAAACCACACUGGAGAGAAGCCUUAUCAAUGUAAUCAAUGUGGGAAAGCUUUCCAGCAGAAAUGCAAUCUUGCUGCACAUAAGAAAAUUCACAUUGGAGUGAAACCUUAUCCAUGUAAUCAGUGUGAAAAGUCUUUCCAUAAGAAGUCCAGGCUUGUGACACAUCAGCGAAUUCACACUGGAGAGAAACCUUAUGAAUGUAGUCCAUGUGGAAAGGCUUUCAUAUACCUCUCCAGUCUCGUUAAACAUCAGCGAACCCAUGGUGGAGAGAAACCUUAUAAAUGUAACCUGUGUGUAAAGGCUUACCAGCAGAAGUUCAGGCUUGUUGUACAUAAGAGAACCCACAUUGGAGAGAACCAUUAGUGUAAUCAGUGUCAGAAAACUUUCCAAUGUAAUGCUGAUCUUUCUGCAUGUCACAGAAUUCACAUGGGAGAGAAUCUCCUGUAAUCAAUGUAGAAAAGCUUUCAAAAUCAUCUGCAGUCUUACUAAACAGUAGAGAAUCUGUACUGGAAAGAAACUAGGAAUAUAAUCAGUGGCAGCAAGUCAUCCCUUAUUUCCCAUCAGAGAAUGAAUUCUAGAUGGAAAUCGUAUCAUUUUAAUGAAAGAGGAAAGACAGUGAAAUGAAAUACAGAACGUGUUUAUAUCAGAAAAAUCAUUCUGAGGGGAAGCUCUAUAUUGACUCAAUGUCAGAAUGCCUUCAGCAAGAAAUCAUCUCUUAUUUUAUAUCAGAGUAUUCAGUGUGGAAAAAAGACUUCUGAAUGUUCAGAUGGGGACAUGAUUUCAUUUGGAAGAGGGAGAUCCAUAGACAAUAAUAUUCAUAUCGAAUUGAAGGCUUAUAAAACCAAUGUUUGUAGAAAAAGCAUCCUUCACCUAUAGCUCAUGUUUGACCGUACUCUGGCAAAAUCAUACUAGACAUAAAAGUCUUGCAUCUCAUUAACAAAGGAAAGUCUUUUGGUGAAGCACAGAUGUCAUAUCAUCUCUUAAUAUGGGAGACCUCAUUAGAAAUCCCAGAUUUCAUAUUGUGCAUAAAGUCCUAUAAAUGUAAUGAUUUUUUUCUCUGAUAGCCUGCUAUUUGUCAUUACCUUUUGUUAUUUCGCAGAAUUCAUAUGCUAUAGCUUCUUUAGCCCUUCCCCAAUUAAUUGGUACUCCUUUUGUUUCCUCUUAUUUGCUGGCACAAAAAAAUCCUCUUAUAAACA